GCUCGUUGAAUCUCAAAUAAAUCUCUCGCUACCUUAAUGCGUUGGGAAGGGGUUGAAAUAAGACGUGUGAUUUUACUGUAGCUACUGUUUUAGUGUAUUGGGUUAUAAGGCUGUAUUUAGGAGAGGUGUUUGGGUGAUAAUGAGCGACUUUGAUUCCUCUGAGGCGCUACAGGACCGAUUACAGGCUCUGCAUCAACUGACUGAGUUUACUCAAAACUGUCGGACACAGCUGGAAGAGCUGCUCGAGGUCCUGGGAUGGAGCUGGGAGAAUUAUUCCCCGCAGCAGGACAAGAUGGAGGUGUGCCCCCAUGACCCAAACCACAUAGUUCUGUGUAGGAGCAUGGAGAACCACAAAGCAACCUGUCUACUCAGCCAGUUAGGGUACUCCAAAGAAGAACAGGCAGAGAUGUACGAUACAUCGUUUUGCUAUGAGAGAGCCAACAUUCCCAGCAUCAAAUUGGAUAAACUUGCACAGCAUCAGGUAAUUCUGCAGGCCCGGGCGAGUGCCCCUCCUGUUCAGUCGACAGGAAACUACUGCCAAAAAGAUUACUCCACUGAGCCUGCAGAUGUGCCUCAGAACCACAAGCGAACAAUGUGUGACCUCACAGCGGCUGACCGAUUGGCUCUGUAUGAUCAUGUGAUACAGGAGGCCAUACAGCAGAGCACAAAGGCAUCCAGCAAUGAGGAUCUUUAUGUGGAUCUUGUGUCCAGGCUGAACAAAGAUGAGGAGAAAAGUGGCCCAAAGUCUCACCUUGAGGUCUUGGCUGAGAUGAGGGACUACAGGAGACGCCGUCAGUCAUACAGAGCAAAAAAUGUUCACAUCACCAAAAAGUCUUACACAGAGAUCAUUCGUGAAGUGAUUGAUGUCCACUCGGGGGAGUUAGCCAAGCUGUGGCAGGAGGAGAGAGCGGAGGAGACCAAAACUUCACAACACUCCCACAGGAGGCUGCCAGAUGAAGGCCGAUCUGCCUCUGUUGAGUCACGCGAAUCUCACGUGAGUUCCAGAGAAGAGAACAGCUCUCGUCACAAACAUCACCAAAAACACAGCCAUGAGCACAGCCAAGAACAAGGCAGCAAAAGCAGAAGGAGGGAUUCCCACUCUCCUGAACCGAGACAUCACAAGAAAAAGAAGAAAAAAAAUAAGUCCUGACUUGUUCAUUUGGCUUAGCAGUUAUUAGGUCAAAAAUGAGCAUGUAAUGAUUUCAGAUAAUAUUAUGAAGAAAUCAGUAAAGACAGAUCUGGCAUUAUGAUGCAUCAUUUUAUCAUCAGAUUAGGAGCUUUUGUUCUUCCUUGUUCACUGUGGGAUUUCAGUGUGUACAAUUGCAUUAAAGGUUGUGUGAACCUUAAA